UAGUCCAGUGGUCAGAGGAAUCAGAUCAGUCAGUGACAGAUAACUGUGAGUAGAGAUUUAUUCUGACUAACCUGAAGAUCAUUUCAACAUGAUUUGGUUUGUUUUGUUGUUCUGUGGCUUGGCUUUGGCUCAGGAUGAGACUACUGGUUUAAGCUUUUCUGAUUCAGGGCGAUGUAGGACUGACAUGUGUGAUCUCGUGAAAAAGGUUAAUCUCAUGUCUGAAACACUUGACGUUAUGAAAAUCAGAAUGAAUGACAGUGAAACCAAACUGAGGGAGAGUGAAGAAAAGCUUAAGGAGACUGAAAUCAUGCUGCAGAUGAGUGAAACAAAACACCAGGCAACUGAAUCCAGGCUACAGGCCAGUGAAACCAAACUCCAGGCAACUGAGUCCAGGCUACAGGCCAGUGAAACCAAACUCCAGGCAACUGAGUCCAGGCUACAGGCCAGUGAAUCUCAGCUACGGAACAGUGAAAAUCAGAUUCGUGGACUGAUGAACAAAGAAACAACCAGAGUGGCCUUCAGUGCAGCACUGGGAGGAAGCGGAGAAAACUUUGGACCUUUUAACACCGAAAUAACUUUAAUCUACAAAACAGUGAUAACAAACAUCGGGAGCGCCUACAGUUCAGCCACAGGUAUCUUCACCGCUCCUGUGGCAGGUGUUUAUUACUUCACCUUCUUUUAUAACACUGAGAAGAACCAAAAAGCUAACCUGAAGCUCUACAAGAACUCAGAGAGGAUUGUCUCGGCUUAUGAGAUCAGUUCAGACACUGACAGAGAUGAUACAGGAGGAAACGCUGUGUUUCUGCGGCUGUAUCAGGGAGACCAGGUGUAUGUGAGAAUGGGCGACGAUGCACACGUUUAUGGAAACGACUACUAUACAACUUUUAGUGGUUUUUUGGUCUCUCAAAUGUGAGAUUGGACACUGAUCCAAUCUAUCAUCAUUCUGUUUGAUGAGAGUACUUAGUUGAUUAUAAUAUAGAAAGUUUUACAUGAAGAUUAGCAGUAAUAUCACCUCUUUAUUCUCUGUGAUGCUGAAGUCUGAUGUGAAGUCAACAGGAUAUUUUGAAAGAAAUAAAAAUGUAAAAACUGCUCAAACAACAACAGCUCCUCUGUACCUUAAUCUUACCUGACCCUCCCCACAGGAUUAACCAUGUCCAUGUUUUCUUUGCAUUUAAAUGUUUUUGUCUUCAGUAAAACCUGAUUAAUAUUGUUCAUACACUGAUUUAGCAUUGAUAUUCCAAGAUGACAACAUGAGACUAACUCUGGGAUUGUCAAUCUUUCCAUCAUGUUCACCUUUCAAUAAAGUUUACUUCAAAUUCUC